AUGAUCACAAAAUAUAGCACGGUGUCUCCCAAACCUCAAACAGAAUUCUUACUCCAAAACGGAAUAAGAGUGUUGAUGUAUAAUGGCGAUGCUGAUUAUAUCGUGAAUUGGUUUGGUGGGAACAGAACGGCCUCUGCACUCGAGUGGUCACACCAAUCGGAAUUCGAUGCAGUCCCGCUGACGGGAUGGUGCAACAAUGCUAAGGCUGUUGGUCAGGUCCGAAGUUUUGGCGCAUUGUGGUUCGUAAGGAUGUACAACUCCGGUCACUCCGUGCCAUAUUAUCAACCGGCAAAUUCACUAGAAAUGUUUGCCAAUUGGAUUAAUAAUCAAUCUCUUCCGACUAAUGUGUGCCGUAGUUCUAGCUCCUCGGCAAAAAAAAUCGGAAAUGAAAAAAGUGACGGCGAAGUUAUCUCGAAUGAACAAGGUCAUGACGAACCGAACAGGGCUCCCGUGGAUGAAACCAAUCAUCCCUCGAGAAACUUAAAUCCACCAGACGUGACAAAACCUCGAGAGAUUACAAAGGUCGACGAUGACUUUGUUAAUUUCGAUGCUCUUCGGGAAACACUGACACGCGUCUUUCAACAACCUUGUGGAUCUAUUUUGCGAAUCGACAAGAAUCCGAGCAGCCAAAUACCUUACCUCGUCAACAUGGAAGAUGGUUCGAAAUAUGUUGUACGCAUCUCGUGCCCAUCUUCCACCAACCAAACUCACAACUAUUCCGAAAAGUAUGCAACAAAAAGGCUGGAAAGUGAAGCCAGCUUAAUUGGCUAUGUCUCUUCAUGUACAAACAUUCCGGUGCCUAUUUUUCAUCACUGGAAUGCCAAAAAAGAUAACGUAGUUGGUUCGGAAUUCGUGAUAAUGGAUUACUUGCGUGGCGUUCCUUUGCUCGAUGAAUGGACAAAUCUUACAUUUGAAGAGAAGCAAGAAGUCCUGUUGCAAAUCAUCGAUAUUUUGACGACACUCAGGGAACUCGAAUUUCCAAUGAUCGGAAGUUUGUUCAUUGAAGAUUGUGAAGCGAUCAUUGGCGAGUGCGUCUUUCACGCUUUCAUGCAAUCAGGAAGAGAUGGGACGGAAGAUGCAUACUUUGGUCCGUUUUUUAGCACUCGAGACUUGUUGCAAGCAGCUUUGAACAAUGAACUCAAGUUUAUAAAAGGUCUAGACAAUGAAUAUCAACAAUUAUGGAGUCCGGUUCAAGAGCGAUUGACAGAACUGUUCUUUGAUUAUUUUGAGAACAAAGAUCAUGACUCUACGUUUGUGGCAUGUUCUUCCGAAUUGAGCGCAUCCAAGAUAUUGGUGAACCGUGAUCCCAAUGGCGGCACAAGAAUUUCCGGCUUUCUCGCCUGGGACUGUGCAGGUUCUAAACCAUUGGAAUGUCUUUACAAAUAUCCGAUGUGGAUCAGGAAUGACUUGGAGGAUGUUUAUUCCGAGGAGAGAAAGAUGGAAAAUUUAAAACUUCAAGAAUACUUUACUCGAGAACUAUUCGAGCGCGAUUCCGACGCCAAAAGAAUUCACGAUGAUACAAUGAGAAAUCAUUUUAUUACCGCCAUCUUGGAAGAAUACGCAUGUCCUUGGUCGAUCCAUGAACGCAUUCAGUUACUAUACAACGAGCUAGGCGAUGCAAAAUACUACACCGGUGUGGCUAAAGAAAAAAUUGGUGAAGCAAUAAAUAACAAAAACUUGCGUGAGCAGGGGAGAACCGAUAGGUUGUCGGGAACUUCGGAACGCGAAGCUGCUUCCGUUCGAGAUAAUGAAAAAGAAAAACACAAUGACACUGAAAAGAAGCGUGCAGACAACAUUAUCGAGAAAGCCGACGAAAUUAUGAAGGAAAGCGUUGACAAUACUAUGAAAGAGAGAGCCGACUCGACCAACGCAAAUAAUAUUGAAGUGAUGAAUGAAACCCUCGACGAAAAUGCGAAGGGCAAUAAGUGUAAAUUGUAG